AUGCUGUGUUCUUCACACAGAAUUAUCUCCCAUCUGGGGUCUGGUGAAUUUGGGAGUGUCAGUGAAGCAGAGUGGAGAAAUGGUCGAAAGCAACUGACUGUGGCAGUAAAGAUUCUGACAGACUCGGCCAACACUGUCAAGUUUCUCCAGGAGGCAGCCAUCAUGGCCCAGUUCAGACACCCCAACAUUCUCACUCUACAUGGAGUAGUCAGUACUGGCCACCCAAAAAUGAUAGUCAUGGAACUCAUGCACAAUGGAAACCUGAAGGACUUUGUUACGAAAACUGAGACCAGAGUAAAUCCAGGUGAAAUGGUGCCAGACUAUGUGCCACAUCAGCUGCUGAACUUCUCCAAAGAAGUGGCUCUGGGUCUCCACUACCUCUCGUGCAGGGGGUUUGUCCACAGAGACUUGGCUGCCAGGAACAUACUGGUCUCCAACAUGACUUGCAAGAUAUCUGAUUUUGGAAUGUCGAGGGAUCUGGCUGAUGAGGAUAUCUAUGUGUCUCAUGGAGGAGUGAUCCCAAUUCGCUGGACUGCUCCUGAGGCUAUCUCACAGAAGAAAUACUCCACAGCCAGUGACGUGUGGAGCUAUGGCUGUGUCCUCUAUGAGAUAUGGAGUCUUGGACACAAGCCUUUUGAGUCAAUCACCGUCCAGCAGAUCUUGCAGGUGGUAGAUUUGGGCCAUCGUCCCCCACCUCCUCCAGGCUGCCCCAAAAGCAUCUACCAGCUUAUGAUAGAUGCAUGGCACCCAGGUGUGUCAAGCAGACCUCAACCGAGGGAUGUGUUGAAGGGUCUUCUGGGGAAUGUUGAGCAGGUACUGGCUAUACCUCCUGAAGAUGUGCCAGCUGACAGUCAGGCUGCUGCCCUGGGAGCUCCUCUGGACAGAGCCUCUCAUCUCUACCAAGACCUUCAGAACACUUACAUGUAG